AUGGCUACGCACGAGAGCAAAGGCGUUGAUGUCGAUGCUAUCGAGAACGCAAGCAACAACAGCGCUCCUGUCAGCGGAGACGUAGACGACAAGAUCAUCUAUGAUCUGCAGCAUCAUGGCGAGGAGAUCGGUCUUACCUUUCGGACUAUUAUGGCAGCGGCGUCUAUGGGGAUGUGCUACAAUGCAUACUUGUUCACGUUGCUGAUCCCGCCUGCGAUCUUGUCUUUCGUCAAUGCUGAACUAGGGCCUGAUCCGCGAUAUACUUGGAUCACUGGAGCAUGGAAUCUUGGGGGCGCCAUUUUCGUUACGGUUGGCGGCAGAAUGAGUGAUAUCUUCGGCCGCCGAUACUUCUUCCUUGCUGGUUCUGCACUGCUAAUAGUCGGUGCGAUCAUCUCUGCAACAGGUAAGAGCAUUGAGCAAAUGAUUGCUGGUGGUGCCAUCUUCGGUUGCGGAAGCGGUUUCUUGGAGAUGUCCUUUGGCGCCGUUCAGGAAAUUGUUCCAAACAAGCACCGUGGAGUGACCAUCGGGCUGUUUGACGCAUCCUCCAUUAUUGCUCAGAUGAUGCCACUCACGGCAUGGGGCAUUAUCGCGACAACUGGCUCCUGGAGAGCUUCCUACUAUCUCAUGAUCGGAUUCCAGACGAUCAACUUCAUCUUCUUGUUUAUCUUUUACAAUCCCCCCAACUUCCACACAAAGCACAGGCACGACGGAAAGACGAAGAGACAGCUGCUCGCCGAGUUCGAUUGGGUCGGACUCUUUUUGUUCAUUGCGGGAUGCACGCUCUUCAUCGUUGGUGUUUCCUGGGGAGGCACGCUUCAUCCCUGGAAAUCAGCGGCCACAAUUGCGCCAAUCGUGGUUGGAUUUUGCACAAUCGUUGGAUUUGGAUUUUACGAGGUGUACGGUCCUUGUGCGGAACCACUGCUACCACCUCGGCUGUUCAAACAAGUGCGCCACUUCCUGAUGCCGAUGAUUGCAAUGGGUAUUGCCGGUAUGCAAUACUACUCCAACGCGACUCUCUGGCCUCGUCUGUCACAGCUCCUGUACGCCACAGAUGCCAUUUCCAAAGGCUUGUAUGCGGAAGUUUUGCCGCUCGGAACAAUCUUUGGAGGUAUUGUCAUGUGCUUCAGCAAGAAGAUUGGCUAUCAGCGCUGGCAAGUCUUUGGUGCAAUUGCCCUCCAGACUGCCUGCGUCGGUGCCAUGUCGACUGCUUCGAUCGACAAUCCUGUCAAGUCGAUCAUCCUGACCGUAAUCGUGUCCUUUUGCACGUCAAUGGUUAUUCUCAAUUGCCUGGUCACUAUAGGCUUCGGUAUCCUGGAUCAAAACGACAUUGGCUCUGCAGCUGGUAUUGCUGGCACUUCCCGCCUUAUGUUUGGAGCGGUUGCCAUCGCCAUCUUCUCGAACGUGACGAACAACAAGUACGCCAAGUCACUAGCUCCGGCGGUGCUUCGCAACAUCGAAGGCUUAGGCUUCGACAAAGCAAACCUUGCUAAGCUUGUCGCCGCUGCUAAGGCGGGCACCGCAGCGGCUUACUCAGCCGUCCCAGGCAUCACACCAACCAUCCGAGCAGCGGCCGUUCAUGCCAAUAAGGAGGCCUAUCUUGAGGGUGCUCAUCUCUCAUACGAGGUCGCUCUUGCUUUUGGCCUUUGUGGUUGCAUCGCCGCAUUGUUUAUUCCAAGCAUUGAUUCUAGGAAGUACACGAAGAGAACAGUCGCUCUCCAAGAGGCUGAUCGCAAGGCUCUUGAGGAGAAGAAGAUGAUGGGCACCGCGUGA